CACUGUCCAAGCUCACAAGGCAGUUGGUGAUAGGGGAAGACUCGAGUUCCGAGCGGGUGUCAUUCAGAUUGAGCCGUUACUAGGUGCCGCUUCUAUACAUGAGUACAUGUGCUGCCCUGGCGGGCACUAUACCCUCAUUUUAAGACGAGGAAACAGUUUCAGAGGCAAGAAGAGACCAACCAAGGUCGCUGGGGCUCAAACCGAAGUCCAGCUGGCUCCUCCGCUGUCCCGAGGACGGGCCCGGAGCUCUCCCUGGAGCAGGAGGCGGCGGGUCCCUGGCUCCUCCAGCACUCGCCGUCCUCGGCCAUACACCGGGUCAGGUGACUCGCCACCGCCACCUGGCGGCCAAGUGGGGAAUUCUGACGCGAACACGAGAUCUUCGGGGGAGCAGAGGAGCCAGUUGGAUUUCGGAGUGGAUGUUACCAGGCCUCUGACUUCCAGCCUAAGCUUCCUUGAGAUCCAGGUGCUCAUAGGGUGUCCAGACCCAGAACCUCCUGCGUGCGGGGACGCGGCUUUUAGUCUGGUAGGGGCGGUGGAGUUACAAACAAUAGUUCAGUUUCGUUCCAAUCCGGGACUUUGGCAUAAAACCGACUGGGUUCACAUGCUCCCGCAGUAUGGCUUUAAACAGGUCAUUUCACUUUCCUCAGCCUUGGUUUCCGCAUCUGUAAAAGGGGGUAAUAAUAAGACCUACUUCCUAAGCUUAUCAUGCAGAUGAACCAGCUGACAUGCAGAGGCCUGGCACUUGGUGGAUGCUCGAUAAAUGUCAGUCAAUGUCAUCACUGUUUGCAUCAUAUUAUCAACAUCAUUAUUACCUGCUCCUCCCUACCUGCCCCCCAUGCAACAGUACAGCCCCACCUGGAAGCAGCCCCCCAAUUUCCCCCUC